CAUAUGUGGGGAAUACCGGGGUUCUGUGGAGCGCGGGGCAUGACGGGUAUUGUAGUCCCGGCUCCCGAGAGGCUCCAUUGGCCGCGGGGCAUGACGGGAGUUACAGACACAAAGGAAAGAUGGCGCCGGCUCCGGGUGCCCCGCCCGAAACACCGAUCCCCGGCCUGAACCUCCUGAGGGGUACCUCGGGCUGGCACACGCCUGAGGAGUGUGUCUGUUUGCAGUUGGGAAGAUUAGGAGUUUUGGGUUCCUUAAGAAAAAAAAAACAAAACAAAAAAAAAAAAACGGAAAACCCCACUUUUCGUGGCAGACCCAUUCUCCAAGCGAAGCAGGUCCCAGGAGCAGCGCUGUUCACAGCCAAGCAGGGCUGAGGGCUCUGCCUGCAGCCACCCUGGGCACAGCACAGAUACACAGAGAGCUUCAUUAAGUCAGGACUGGGAAGAUGCUCAGAAUUGGCUGGGACAGAAUCGCUCCCAGCCCUUGGCAUAGGAAGCCUCUGUCUGCAGGACAAGGCAGCUGCAACUCCUGGAGUGAUCUAAAGCUGGAACAUCCCAAUGCCUACAGACUCUGUCCCCAUACCAAGACACAGCAAAUGUCCAACAGCAGCUCCAUCAGCCACUUCCUGCUGGCACUGGCAGACACGUGGCAACUGCAGCUCCUGCACUUCUGCCUCUUCCUGGGCAUCUCCCUGGCUGCCCUCCUGGGCAACGGCCUCAUCAUCAGCGCCGUAGCCUGCGGCCACCACCUGCACACCCCCAUGUUCUUCUUCCUGCUCAACCUGGGCCUCACUGACCUGGGCUGCAUCUGCACCACUGUGCCCAAAGCCAUGCACAAUUCCCUCUGGGGCACCAGGAACAUCUCCUAUGCAGAAUGUGCUGCACAGGUUUUCUUUCUUCUUUUCUUCAUUUCAGCAGAGUAUUUCCUCCUGACCAUCAUGUGCUACGACCGCUACGUGUCCAUCUGCAAACCCCUGCACUACGGGACCCUUCUGGGCAGCAGAGCUUGUGCCCACAUGGCAGCAGCUGCCUGGGCCAGUGGCUUUCUCUAUUCACUGCUGCACACGGCCAAUACAUUUUCCCUGCCCCUGUGACAUGGCAAUGCCCUGGGCCAGUUCUUCUGUGAAAUCCCACACAUCCUCAAGCUCUCCUGCUCAAACUCCAAACUCAGGGAACUUGGGCUCCUUGCUAUUAGUAUCUGUUUAGCACUUGGGUGUUUUUUGUUCAUGGUUUUCACCUAUGUGCAGAUCUUCAGGGCUGUGCUGAGGAUCCCGUCUGAGCAGGGACAGCACAAAGCCUUUUCCACCUGCCUCCCUCACCUGGCUGUGCUCUCUCUGCUAGUCAGCACCUCAUUUUUUGCCUACGUGAAGCCCCCCUCUAUCUCCAAUCCAUCCCUCGAUCUGACACUGUCAGUUCUGUACUCGGUGGUGCCUCCAGCUCUGAACCCCCUCAUCUACAGCCUGAGGAACCAGGAGAUCAAGGCUGCAGUGUGGAGACUGAUGACUGGAUGCUUUCAGGAACAUUAAACUGCUGCCCAGUUUCUGAAAACACAUUUAGUAAGGGUGAUUUUUGAUGAUACUUCUUCUUGGUUUGGUUGUGGGUUUUUUUCCCCUUUGUUUAAGUUUUAUCAUAUUGUCCAUUAAAAAAGCCUCUUUGUGUUCCAUUC